AUGCUAAUUGGGUAUUCGGCCUCCAGUACCGUUUUGGACUUGUGGCAGCCGAUUUGGUUCCCUAUCACCGUUGUGCUAACGGUUCCUUAUUGCUCUGUGACUUGUCAAAGACAAGAUUGGAGUUCUCAUAAGAAACAAUGCCUAACAUUUCUGGCGGAUAAAGUCAUGAAUUACAAAGGAACAACUUUCGGGGAGAAAGCACCCAAAGGCAAAGCAUCAAAAGGCAGACGGACAAGGUUAAUGCGUAUUGUCCCCUCAUUAUUUAUCGAAUCUCAAAAGCAAAUGCUACAUGUAGAGGUGAGAUCAUCAGUGAUCUAA